GGGCGCACGAUUCCCGUCCAUCGCCGUCUGCGCGUACAAUUCCCAUCCAUCGCUUUCUGCGCGCGCGAUUGCCAUCCAUCGCUGUCUGUGCGCACGAUUGCCAUUCAUCGCUGUCUCAAUGACGUAUAAGGACGAUGCCCUCGCUUGAUGAUGUGCGGUGCUUCUUUCUGUUCCGCUUUCGCCAACAUCAUCCCGUGCUUGCGAAGUGACGCGGUCUUCUGCUUGUCACCACCAUCUCUGAGGUCGGACUUCUGUGAGUAGACGGGUAGCCAUACGAAAAGUUGCCGCGAGCGCCCGAGGUGAUUGUGCAGAGGCGGGCAUUGCCGACCCUCCCUCUGUCACUGCGUCCCCAGGAGGGUCUUUAUGAUUUAUACAACUAUUGACACGUUUUAUCUCACCGAUGAACAGCUCGCCAACUCCCCAUCGAGAAAGAAUGGGGUUGAUCAACGGACGGAGACGAUGCUUAGGAUCUACGGUUGCGAGCUUAUUCAAGAGGCGGGAAUUCUUCUCAAAUUACCGCAAGCAGUCAUGGCGACGGCCCAAGUUAUCUUCCAGCGGUUUUAUUGCAAGAAAUCUUUCACGGUGUACAACGUGAAGAGGACCGCUGCUAGCUGUGUCUGGCUGGCGGCGAAGCUAGAGGAAAGCCAAAGGAAGAUAAGAGAUGUGUUGAACGUGUUCAACCGAAUGGAGCAAAGAAGAGAAAAUCUGCCGCUGGAGCCAUUGGACCCCUUGUCAAAGAAAUAUGAAGAAUUGAAGCUGGACUUGAUUCGGACGGAGCGGCAUAUUCUCAAGGAAAUGGGAUUUAUUUGUCACGUGGAACACCCUCAUAAGUUCAUUCUGUACUAUUUGAACAGCCUGGGUGCAAGCAGCGAGCUUAUGCAACAAGUGUGGAACCUUGCCAAUGACAGCUUGCGCACCACGCUUUGUGUGCGUUUCAAGGGAGAGGUCGUUGCAUGCGGUGUGAUUUAUGCUGCAGCUAGAAGAGCGAGAGUGCCGCUUCCUGAGAAUCCUCAGUGGUGGCUUGUUUUCAAUGCAAAGAAAGAAGAUAUAGAUGUAGUUUGUCGAGAGCUAGCGCUGCUUUACAGCUAUCCACGUGCUGAGUACAUCGAGGUCUGCAAGGAUCAGAAGUCCUUCGUGCUUAGCACGAGGGCGUGGAACCCUCCGGCUCCUGUUCAGGAAUUGAACGCCAGAAGGCAGCAAGCCAAUGGAACAACCAGCUCCUCGGUGAUGCAAGCGAAUGGCGCACAGGGAAAUAGCUUUCGUGGCAUGGAUGUGGGGAACAGCGUACAGCCAGCCCCUGUUUCAACAAUCAGGGAAUCUGCUGUGCCGUCGAUGCCUGUGGCGACGGCCAAUGGGCAUAACACUGUGAAAGGAGAAUUUGUGAAGGGGGAAUCGGGGAAGGGUUUGGUUGAUAGUCGAAAGGAGUUGUCCGAAAGGGAGGGGGAAAGGCACAGAGAGCGAGGAAGGGAGAGAGAGAAGGAGAAAGAGCGGAGUAAAGAGAGGGAACGAGAAUGGGAGAGGGAUAGGGACAGGGAGCAUGUGCGGGACAGAGAGCGUGAAAGGGAGCACAGGGAACGGCAACGACCAAGGGACGAGAGGGCACGAGGCCGCCCAGAGAAGGCAAGGGAGGUGAUUCCGAGUAGAGAACACAGUUCAUAUGGAGCUUUCAGGGAGAAGAGAAACCAUCGGCAUCAUCCCUACGACAAGACGAAUCUAAAGGCGGCAGCGUCAUGAUGAUUCUUUUGUCUGGCUUCAUUCAUUUUGCUUUGUUUUUCUUUUGUUGGCAAAUUUGCUGUCCAACUUUUGUCAUCUGGUAGAUUGCAGAGUAGGGAAUAUUGUUUUGACAGUUGAUAUUGUUUUCUCUUUUUUUUUUUUUUCCUGUUGGAAGGCCUUGUGGUGUGGCUGGAUGUGGUGAGACUGCGAUCGAUGACUGCACUGGCUGUUGCUGACUGCUGCGUUUCUUGCAGUGGGAUGGUGUUGCCCAUUGAGAAUCCGAGUGCAUCGGAACGCGAGGAGGUUGGGAAAGGAGAGGCUGGAGGAAAAAGGCUGUUGAGGACCGACAGGACAUGCUUUCUGCGCCGGUCGGCUCAAGAGAUCGCACUGCAACUUCACGGUCUGUGUCUGGACUCCCAGGCAACCUUUCCCAUGAUGUCAAUUGGGUGGUGCUGCCAUUGUUGUCGUUGCAGUCCUCGUUGGGUUAUUGAUUGCACAUUGCCUUGGCGUCAGCUUCUCUGUAGUUGGCAGUAGUAGAUAGAGUAGAUUGAUAGAUUCAAGCGUCUCGCCAAGGA